AUGUCCAACGACCAAACCAGAGCAGCGUCCAUUUCGCACGCGCCCGCGCCCGCCGGCGAGCCGUUGCGCUCCGCGUCGUUCGGGUCGCUGCAAUUCUUCAAGAAAUCCGACCCGGCGCCGUUUUUCGCCGCCGACGAGCCCCCAUUGGACAUUGUCGAUGCCUUGGGCACGCUCAACAUCGACGACGUGCCGGAAUCCUCGUCGCAGCUCGGCUUGGAAGACACGUCUGUUUCGUCCGACCUGGCCAACGUUUCUGCGAACUCCAAGAUACCGGGCUCGGUGCUUGAGCCGCACGAGUCGUUGACACCCCAUCCUCCACAGAUGGGCGCUUUCCGGGUCGCCGAAUCCGACGCCACGCCGCUGUCGAAGUGGGGCAACACGUUUGUCCCGUUCUCGGCGCCUCCCUUUGCAUACCCGGUCGCAGACCCGCUCUUGACGUCUCAGAUGGCAAUGCUGAUUGCGCCCUUUGCAUUGCCCGACGAGACGCUUCUGCUGAACGCAGGCACGCCUGGCCUCAACGGCUCGCACGCGGUGUCGCCCUCGCCACAGCCUGGGCCUCAGUUUGGCGGCAUCUUGAACCUGCGCAUCCCAUUCGAUGCGUACGCUCAAACGCCUGAGUUCAGUGAAUACAACCGGUUUGGCCCCAAGAACGCCAGCCCGGUGGGAAGCGACUCCUCCGCAGACAAGUCCGUCGACAAGUCGGCCACUCCUGGCGGACAGGAGUUUUCCAACAUGUCGUUCUACCCGCACUUGGACUCGCUGUUGGACGUCUUCUCUUCGCCUCCCAUUUUGUCCGGAAUGAACCUCUGGAACCAGAAACAAUUGUAUCCGAUGCAACAUGGAAACCCGCAGCCCGCUAAUUCCCAUUAUGGCAAUUCCGGCGCUCAGCAGAUGGAACCUAGAGGUGCCAUGCAAGGAAACUUCCACGGAUACAACCGCGGGAACAUGGCCGCCGGAAACAACGCUGGCCAUGCUCACCACCCCAACUCUGGCGAAAACGACAGCGGAGUUGGAGGUCCCGGCGGAUACCCCUACAAUAGGCGUCAAAACGACCAUUUCAACGGCAUGAACAGCCGGGUCAAUAUCCAUCGCAAGAUGCAUAAUUCCAACCGUAAAAAGGGAGACAUGGCUACCAAGUAUGCAAACGCUACUUUGGAUGACUUCACCGGCGACAUCUACUCUCUCUGUAAGGACCAACAUGGCUGUCGGUUUUUGCAGCGCCAGUUGGACUUGAGCAAGGAACAAAGCUCCGAAAAAAGCACCGGUUCUGACUCCAGCAACAAUGGCGACAGAGCCGCCACAAUGAUCUUCAACGAGAUCCAUCCAAAGAUCGUUGAGCUCAUGGUCGACCCCUUUGGAAACUACUUGGUGCAGAAGUUGUUCGAGAACGUCACACCCUCUCAACGCCUCAUCUUGGUGAGAAACGCCGCGCCAGAAUUCAUCCGUAUUGCUCUUGAUCCGCACGGCACCAGAGCGUUGCAGAAGCUCAUGGAGCAGAUCUCCUCUCCCGAGGAAGCUCGCUACAUCAUCGAUAGCUUGUCACCCCAUGUAGUAGCCUUAUCUCGCGACUUGAACGGUAACCACGUCGUCCAAAAGUGCUUGCAAAGGCUCAGUCCGGAGGACAACCAGUUUGUGUUUGAUGCCGCGGCCCAGCACUGCGUGGAAAUCGCGACCCACAGACACGGAUGUUGUGUUUUGCAGCGGUGCUUGGACCACGGCAACAACAAGCAGCGCGAGCAGCUCUCGUUGCGCGUGGCCGAGAUCGCGACCACGCUCUCGUUGGACCCCUACGGCAACUACGUGGUGCAGUAUGUUCUCUCGCGUGGCGACGAGAAGUCCAUCGCCAUCAUCUUGGACCACAUCCGCGCCAACAUCAUCUCGUUGUCGCUCCACAAGUUCGGCUCCAACGUCAUCGAGAAGACGUUGCGCACGCGCAAGUUGAGCGAGGAGGUCAUCGAGGUGUUGUUGAAAAACAGCAGCCACCUUCUGGUGUUGUUGAAUGACCCCUACGGCAACUACGUGCUCCAGACCGGGUUGGACGUCGCUAGCCCCACCAACUUGCCCAAGCUCGCGCAGAGCUUGCAGCCGCUCUUGCCCAACAUCAAGAAUACUCCCCACGGAAGAAGAAUUUUCACGAAAAUCCAGCAUAUCCUUUAG